UUCUGCUUCGACAUGGUGGGAUGCCUUCACAGCAAGAAGUUCGUGUUGAAAUCACUUCUCGUCCUAGCGUUGUCUGCGGCAAGCUCUCAAAAAGAAGUCAAGAUUGCGUUCGAGAAGACGGACGCGGUCGUUCACGCAUGCUUUGGAGUGCUCGUCAUCUCCGACGAUAGCAGUAACGAAAAUGAACUUCCAGCGGAGUUAACUUCCGCACCGCUUCAUAGCCGCUUCAAAAGAGCCGACGAAAACGAUGGGGGCGGCAUGGAAGAACAUCAUGGUACCGAGGGAGAUCAUGGCGCAGCCGGUAACAUCGGACACCGCGAGUUCUCCUUCGAGGAAACACCCGUUGUGGUCACCUAUGAAGCAGACGCCGGCGAAACGGGAGUACCCGAAACUAGUUUCGGCUACGAAGUGGACCGCGGCCUCGGAGGAGGAGGAGCUGGUGGUGGAACGUCCAUCGGCGGUGGUAGCAGGCGCUACCUGUCACCGACUUCUGGCAGCGGUGGAAGUGUUCGUUUAGGACGCAUUGUGAAUGGCGGCGGCUUGCGACCGGGCUACGGAAUGGUAGGAACUCAAUUGGGAACUGCUAUGAGCGGCGGCCGCCUUGCGUACGGCCUUCAACCAGCACUGGCGACCAGUGGACUAGCGUUACAGGGAGGACCAGUAAUGGGCGUCUCCGGGACUCCGCUCGGACUGGGAGGCGCAAGACUCGGCUUGGGCGGGAGUAGACUCGGUAUCUUAGGCACCGGCACUGGCAGCGGGAUAGGCUAUGGCUUCCAACCGGGCGCAGGCUACGGACUGAUGCAGGGGGGAAUGCCUGCGUUGUCUACGAUGGGCACUCGCUUUAUUAGGGGGUCACCAGGAGUUAUCUAUUCUGGGGGUGCUAGAGGAGGUUCGGGUAUCUACGGAGGUGGCUUAGGCCUAGCUCCUGCAUACCAAGGUGGAUACAGGUUAGGCGGUGGUCAGAUGGGGACGAUGGCCCUCGGAAACGGUUAUGGAGGCAGCCUCAGUGGUGCUAGAAUGGCCGUGCCGAAUGUUGGAGGCUACAGUAUCCGCAAUGGGAUGGGUUCCAGUGGUUUGGGUGGGCUUGGAGGAGUCCGAAAUGUUGGCGGUAGCUCACUUGGUCUUGGUAGUGGCUUGAGUGGUUCUUUAGGAAACCUGGGUAGCGGUGUCGGGUAUAGGCGUAUCGGUAUGGGGGGAAUAGGAGGCGGCGGCGGCGGUAUGUCCAUGGGUGGGCUAAGAAGCGGCUCUCUUGGCAUGAAUAUGGGUGGUGGCAGAGGAUCAAUUGGUGGUGGUGGAUUGAGAGGGGCGUCGAUUGGUCUUGGAAACGCUGGGCAGGGCUCUGGCGGCUCUCUUGGCAUGACUAUGGGUGGUGGCAGAGGAUCAAUUGGUGGUGGUGGAUUGAGAGGGGCGUCGAUUGGUCUUGGAAACGGUGGACAGAGCUCUGGUGGCUCUCUUGGCAUGACCGGUGCGUCUCUUGGUGGUAGAAUGGGCGGGAUAGGAUCUGGUAGAAGCAUGGGAGGUAGUGUGUCCGGUGGAUCUCGUGGCGGAUCUCUAGGGUUGGGUGGCGGGAGUGUGGGAAGUGGAGGAGGCCUUGGCAUGGGAGCCAGAGGUGGUUCUGGUGGUGCAAUGGGAGCAAGUGGUGGGCUCGGAUCUGGUGGCCUCGGUGUCGGAAUGAGAAGCGGCGGGGCUAGAGGAUCUCUAGGUACCAGUGGCGGCCUUGGGGGUGGCUCACUUGGAGGUGGCGCUGGACUCGGGUCUGGUGGAGGAGGACUGGGGAUGAAAGGCGGCUCACUACGUAUGGGAGGAGGAGGUGGUUCUAGCGGCCUCGGAGUUGGAAUGAAAGGAGGUUCUGGAGGAUCGCUUGGCAGCGGCCUCAGAGGUGGUUCUCUAGGAGUAGGUGGGGGCGGGAAUUCUGGUGGCUUGGGAAUGGGCCUCAAGGGUGGUUCUGGAGGGGGACUAGGCGGUGGACUCAGUGGCGGCGGCAUGAGAUUGGGCGGAGGCACAGGCGGCCUCGGACGCAGUGGAUCACUUGGUGCUGGACUCAAGGGUGGUGGUCUAGGUGUGCAAGGUGGUGGUCUGGGCAUAGGUGGCGGCGCUGGUACGGGACUCAGAGGCGGCUCAUCGCUUACCGGUGGGUUGAAAGGAGGGUCCUUGGGAAGUGGUACGGGUAUUGGCGGAGGUGGACUUUCGGGUCUUGGAGGAGGCGCCUCAGGUGGCCUCAGUGGUUCGGGUAAGGGGGGAGGCGUAGGAAUAGGAUUGAAGGGUGGCUCAGGUCUUGGACUGAAAGAUGGCGCAUCGCUAGCCGGUGGUCUGAAAGGAGAGUCUUUAGGUGGCGGCUUAGGUGUCGGCCAUGGAACAGGUGCCUCUGGCGGACUGGGUGUGAAAGAAGGUGGUGGAUUGGGCGGUGCCCUGGGUGCUGGUGGUGGUGGUACUGGAUUAGGACUGAAAGGUGGCUCCUUGGGUGGGGGUGCAGGUGGCGGACACACCUAGGAGCGGCUGCAUCUGGUGGCCUCGGUGUCAAAGAAGGCGGCGCGAUGGGUGAGGGUCUUGGUGCUGAUGCCAUUGGUGCUGGAGCGCUCGGGGGCAAGGGCCGCGAUGGUCUAGGUGUAAGUGCAUGGUAGCGUCGGUGCAGUAAAAGGAGAAUUACGAGUUGGUGAUAAUACCGGCCUCUAAUGGGUCCUCGGGAAGGUUUAAUUUAUCGAUUUGAAUAAACGGACACCAGUUGUCUUUUCUGUUA